UUUUGGAGUAGGGGCACUGGAUGCAGAAGAAGCUCUGUCUCUCUCUCUCUCUCUCUCUCUCUCUCGCAAUGAAAGCUUGCGCAAUUCAUUUCACACACUCUCGCCUCUUCUGCAAACCCUCUCCCGCUUCUCAUCUGCUCAUUCCAUAGGAUCCCCAAGCUCGAGUCAACUACAGCUGAAUCUGCUCCAAUCUCGGCGCCGUUCCAAGGAUAUGAGCAGCUCCGAGGUUCGAAAGCUCGUCGAACUGGCCAUCUAAUUCAGGUUUUCCAGCUCCUGGUUAUCGAUUUUUUUUGCCCUCUUCUUGUCUCUUUCGGGCUUUCCUCUUCUUGGGCGCCGAUUCUUGUCGCAAUCGGUUUGUCUCCGGAGCCGGAAUCGCUGCGGCUUCCAGAACCCUUUUGGGCGAGGGUCGUCCGUUCCUGAUUUUUUGGGUUUGCGGGGUUCGACAUUUGUGGGAUUGGGAAGUUCGAUCUGGGUUCUCGAAUUGGGAUGGAGAAAAGGUGUUCUCGGAGGUGGGUUUUUCUGUACAGGUGAUAAAGGUGCAAUCUUUCGCCUGGGUUUGCUGAGUUUGAGAUGGGGGAAGAGCUAUCGAAUCUGGGUUUUGGGGCUGAUUUUGAUAAAUUUGAAAUCUUGGUUGUCUGAAUAAUUAUACGCUAGAAUAAUUCGGCGCUUUGCUUUUUUAGCUGGAUUUUGACGUGUUUUGUAUAUAUAGAGAGAGUUCUUGAUCAGACAUUGGUCGAUUCCUAAAGUAAAGGGUUGUGAUGGCGGAGGAGACAUCUGGUGUGAUGAACCUUGAUUUGAAUUUGGGUCCUAUUCCCGAGCCGGGCUCAGGAUCUGUAACUGGUGAAGCUGUGAAUUUGGAUGAUUGGAUUGAAGAACCUAUUCGCGGGCACAGGGAAGCUGCUCGGAUAAGGGCUUGGCCACGGUGGAGAUGGCGACAGGCACCUGAGGCGCAAAACAUUUCAAUGGAGUUGAGUGAAUUGAUAGAUAAUACCGUUGAUGGGACUUCGCUGCAAGCGGGUGAGGGUAGUGUCGCUGCCGAGGAGAGAGUGACUGAUAUCCCCAAAGUUUGUGAAAAUAAUACCAACUUCUUAGAAGAUGGAGCGACAGAUAAGGACAAUGUUGCGAAGAAUAACGGGACUGAUGGGAGUUUCUUCGAUUGCAACAUAUGCUUGGAGUUGGCUAGAGACCCGGUUGUUACUUGUUGUGGUCACUUGUUCUGCUGGCCAUGCCUUUAUCGAUGGUUACAACUUCAUGCGGAUAUCAAGGAAUGUCCGGUUUGCAAAGGAGAAGUCACAUUUAAGAACGUGACUCCUAUAUAUGGCCGUGGGAACAACAUUCAUGAGCCUGAGGAAGAUCCAACUCUUAAAAUUCCUGUGCGGCCCCAUGCUCGUCGUGUUGAGAGUUUGAGGCAGACCAUUCAUAGAAAUGUUCUCAAUUUCCCUAUGGAAGAGAUGAUCCGGCGCCUUGGAAAUAGAUAUGAUUUGACUAGAGAUUUUUUUCAGCUACGAGACUCUGAUGGUACUCGUGAAACAGGUGGGAGAACCGCUUCCUUGAUAGAUAGGUUUCUAACUUCUCGGAGGAUGCGUAGAGAGCAGAACACGGUCGUUCCUCCAGAUGAUAUAGUUGACUUAACACAAAAUGAGACCGCAGGCAUUGAGAGUGGUGAAAGCCGCCGGCUUCGCUCACUUUUACUUAGAAGAUCACAAUCUCACAGAAAUGCGGACAUUUCUUCUCUUCCAACUACACUUGUUCCGGCUCCGACCUUAGUGGAAUAUUUCCGCAAUCAUACUUUAGCAAGAAACCAGGAGGAGCCGCCUCCAGUUGACGAUAGAGAUUCUUUCUCAAGCAUUGCUGCUGUUAUAAACUCAGAAAGUCAGGUGGACACUGCUGUGGAGAUUGAUUCCAUGGUCUCUCUUUCAACUUCAACUUCCAGAAGGAGAACUGAUGUUGCUCGACUUUCAGAUUUGGACAGUGGGGAUUCUCGUGCACCCAGAAGAAGACGCUUAAACUGAAGAUGGACUUACCUUGAUGCAACAGUUUCCUCAAAAGUUUGACUUUGUUUGUACUCCAGAACCAGGAGAUGUUGGCGAGCUACAAAGUUUGACGGAAUGUUGGUUCCGAGAUCCUGUAGAUUCUCAUGAAAGUCCAGUCCCUGUUGUUAUGUCCGAGGAUAAAUAUGUCAUCGCUGUUCUUUUGCCGAUCCAUUAUCAUAAAAUGUUGUUUAUGUCAUGUAUUCUCUGGCUAGAAAGCUAUUGGUGUGCCAAUAAGGACCAGUUGACAUCCUAUCAUUAGAUGUAUUACCUGCUAAGUUGUGCAAAAUAAUGAAUGUUCAGAUCA